AUGGCACUAUCGACACAUUUCGCCCUACCUUACAUCUCUUAUGCCUUUGGCACUAUAUUCUUGGGCUUCGGCAUCAACGCCAUCGUCCGUCCUGCACACGGCCUCACAUUCUUCGAAAUGUCGCCGCCCAAGGACCCCGCCAGCGCCAAAGUCGUCAACGCGCUGAUGGUGGUCUAUGGCGUCCGGGACAUUUUCAUGGGCCUCGCAAUCUACGCCGCCACGUAUUACGGUGCACGAGAAGUGCUGGGGUGUAUUCUGAUAUCUGUGUUUUUGGUCGCCGCGGUUGACGGUUGGGUCUGCCUGCACUUUGUCGGUCACGGACAGAACAACCACUGGAGCUACGCGCCUAUGCUGGCGGCAGUCGGCGCAGUCUUGCUAGGUUUUGCGGACCAUAGUUCUUGA